AGCUAAAUCCACGCUAUACAUAGCUAUUUUCUCCCUCAACAGAUUUAUUUCCAUAAAAAUAUUGGCUCUCAAUCUCAAACUUUGUAUAUAAAUUCUUUCAGUUUCUUUCUUUUAUUCCAUACACACAAUUAAACCACCCCUCCCCCAUUUUGUCAUUAUAGCACAGAUAAACAUGGAGCCCAGAAAAUCCCAUAUAAUGGAGAGAGGAGAUAUAAUAUUGAUGAUAUUGGGAAUAAUAGUAUGUUUAUCAGGAAGAGUGGUGGAAAGCAGAUCAGGGGGUUAUAGGCCUUUAAACAACAAGAAUUCUGUGGAGGUGGAUUACACCACCAUUAACUCAUGCCGAAAGCACAGCGCUGCUUUGACCGAUUUCGGAGGCGUUGGCGAUGGCAAAACUUCUAACACCAAGGCCUUCAAAGCAGCCAUUGAUCAUCUCAGCCAGUUUGCAUCUGAUGGUGGUGCCCUUCUUCUUGUUCCGCCGGGCAAAUGGUUGACCGGAAGCUUCAAUCUCACCAGCCAUUUCACCCUCUUCCUCCAUAAGGAUGCUGUCAUUCUUGCUUCUCAGGAUGAGUCAGAAUGGCCACAAGUAGAGGUAUUGCCUUCUUAUGGUAGGGGAAGGGAUGCCCCAGACGGAAGGUUCAGCAGUCUCAUUUUUGGAACAAACCUCACCGACGUCGUCAUUACUGGUAAUAACGGCACAAUUGACGGACAGGGUCAAUCAUGGUGGGACAAGUUCCGUCAGGAAAAAUUGAACUCCACUCGCCCCUAUUUGAUCGAAAUCAUGUACUCUGAUCACAUCCUCAUUUCUAAUCUUACUUUGAUUAAUUCUCCAUCUUGGUUCGUCCACCCCAUCUACAGCAGCACUAUAGUAAUCCAAGGGCUAACAAUCCUUGCACCCAUUGACUCGCCCAAUACAGAUGGCAUCGACCCAGAUUCUUGCUCAAAUACUCGAAUUGAAGACAGCUUCAUAGUCUCUGGGGACGAUUGCAUAGCGGUUAAGAGUGGUUGGGAUCAAUAUGGAAUCAAAUUCGGAAUGCCAACCAAACAGCUUUCUAUCAGAAGGGUUACAUGCAUUUCACCAGACAGUGCCACAAUUGCUCUUGGAAGUGAAAUGUCCGGAGGAAUCGAAGAUGUUAGAGCUGAAGACAUCACGGCCAUUAAUACUCAGUCGGGUAUUAGGAUCAAAACAGCAGUUGGAAGAGGAGGCUAUGUGAAGGGCAUAUAUGCAAGAAGAUUGGUAUUGAAGACCAUGAAGUAUGUUUUUUGGAUGACAGGCUCUUAUGGGUCACACCCGGAUCCUGGAUUCGACCCGAAAGCACUGCCUUUGAUUGACAACAUAAAUUAUAAAGAUGUGGAGGCUGAUAAUGUGACUUACUCAGCUAGAUUGGAGGGAAUUGAGGGUGAUACUUUUAAGGGAAUUUGCAUUUCAAAUGCUACAAUCUCUUUGACUGAGAAACCAAAGGAAUUGCAAUGGAAUUGUACUAAUGUUGAGGGAGCUACUAGCGAUGUGACUCCAAAGGCAUGUGAUUUGUUGCCUGAGAAAAAAGAUCUGGAAUGUCCUUUCCCUGAGGAUAAGUUGCCCAUUGACGAUUUAAAGUUGACGAGUUGCUCUAAUGUUAUUCAAUUCUAAUGAGAGAGAUCAUGACUAGUAUAUAGCUAGUUGUGCUUCAUUUUAAUAAUCUUUAGAUUAGAGAUGAUUCCCCAUAUGGAGACUAGGAAAUUAUAUAAAGUGGGAUUCCUGAAGAAUGUUGUUGUUUUGCAACAAUAGACUUGUUUUUAUCUAUUCAUUACA